AUGGAUUUGCCCGCAUUGUCUCUGCUUUGCUUUGCUUUCUGUGUCGGGAUGGAGUGGACUGGUACUCUGCAGUCCGGCUCACCGCAGGGCGCUGGCCCAAACAUGAAGAGGAAUGAUGGCUCGAUCAGUGGCAGGGUGGUUCUCCAUGACUACAUGCUGUUUUUGUACCAUACACUGUCCAGAGUUCAAAUGAGAGACUUCAAUGUUUCAGGUGGAGCAGGAUUUGCAAACACAGUUACGAGUUUUGUGGACCAAGGACGAGAUCUUUCAUCUCGGGGUCAGCGUUACAUCUUCGACUUGUCCAGCCUGGCCAGGAUGGAAGAGCUGGUGGAGGCUGAGCUAAGAAUCCUCAGGAAGCCUCCAGCAGACCUUCUGACUGCCCUAACAAGUGGAGGAAACCUUUACAACAUCCGCCUGUACUCCUGUUCUUCAGAGACACAGCUACUGGACUCCAGAUCUAUCGAGGUUUUGGAUGGUGGUCUUCCCAGGUGGGAGGUAUUUAAUGUGUGGUCCAGUAUGAAGGCUCAUCUGAGGAAUACCUCAGAGCCACCACAGGCCUGUUUCCACCUCCUGGCCUUCUCUGAACUGACCAACGAAGUGGCUGCCCCGCUGGUCCUGGGGCUGGGUCGCACCACUCGCCUGCCACAGGAGAAAGCUUUGUUGGUGGCUUUCUGGCAUACUGACACCACAGACGAUCUGUUCAGAGAGAUAAUGGACAAGAUGCAGAGUGAGGGAGGUGGAUUUAGACUUCUGAAGCCUCCUAAACCUAUUCUAAAACAGCAAAAGAACCGUAGGCAUCAACAAAGAGCUCCAUCCAAACGGUCCCUUGGUGGGGUGGGGAGAGGUGGUAAAACUGGCCGCAGGAGGAACCGCUGCAGCCGGAAAUCUCUGCAUGUGAACUUCAAAGAUCUGGGCUGGGACGACUGGGUCAUCGCCCCGCUGGACUACGAGGCAUACCGCUGUGACGGCAUUUGCGACUUCCCCCUGCGUGCCCACCUGGAGCCCACCAACCAUGCUGUCAUCCAGACCCUCUUAAACUCCAUUGACCCUGAUAUCACCCCACCCAGCUGCUGCAUACCCUCCAGGCUCAGCCCCAUCAGCAUCCUCUACAUCGACUCAGGCAGCAACGUGGUCUACAAGCAGUACGAGAACAUGGUGGUGGAGAGCUGUGGGUGCCGGUAG